AGAUGAGCAAGCAGAGGCCAGAGAGGUAAGGUGAUUAGGAAGCUCCUCCCAGAUGGCGGCUGAGUAGGCGCCCGCGCACCGGGCUACCUGCAAGCCCUAGUUAGAAGAGCAUCCCUCUGAGCGCGCCCAGGGAGCCCACGUGAUCACGCCCCGGAGGGAGGAGCGCCAAGAGGAGCGGAGUCGGGGGCGGGGCCAGGAGCCGGCCGGAUCGGGGCGGGGCCAGAGCUGGGGCAGUUUUGUGUUUCAUUUUGUUUUGCUUUGCUUUUGGCGGGCAAGGGGCUUUGCGUGUGCUCUGGGUUUCUGCCCUGCCCGCAGCACAGAGUCGGAGUCCGAGUCCCGCAGACCCGGAGGGUGCAGUGGGAAGAGCUCUGGACCGAGCCAGUUCCAGGGCCCCGGGCCUGGCCUCCCUGCUCCCCGGGGAGCACGUGGCUGCCCUGCCACUGACCUCCGAGGUCCGGAGCUGCCCGAGCCCUUCCCUCGAUAGCCGCAGAAUCCCGACCCCCGGGUAGCCUCCUCCUCCCUCCCUUUCUGCCAGCAUGGCAGCAGAGGCUCGGGGCGGGCUGGGGGGACCCCCGCUGCAAUCUGCCCGCUCCCUGCCGGGCCCUCCCCCCUGCCUCAAGCACUACCCGCUCGACCUGCGCACCUCCAUGGAUGGCAAAUGCAAGGAGAUCGCCGAGGAAUUGUUUAGCCGCUCCUUGGCAGAGAGCGAGCUUCGGAGUGCCCCAUAUGAAUUCCCGGAGGAGAGCCCCAUUGAGCAACUGGAGGAGCGGCGCCAGCGGCUGGAGCGGCAGAUCAGCCAGGAUGUCAAGUUGGAACCGGACAUUCUGCUUAGGGCCAAGCAAGACUUUCUGAAGACGGACAGCGAUGCAGACCUACAGUUGUACAAGGAACAGAGUGAAGCUCAGGGUGACCGUGGGCCCAGGGAGCGAGAUGGACAUCUGGAACGGGAGUUUCAGAGGGUCUCCAUCUCAGGGGAGGAGAAGUGUGGGGUACCAUUCACCGACCUGUUGGAUGCAGCUAAGAGUGUGGUCCGGGCACUGUUCAUCCGGGAGAAGUACAUGGCCCUGGGCCUUCAGAGCUUUUGCCCCACCACGCGACGUUUCCUGCAGCAGCUAGCUGAGAAGCCCCUGGAGACCAGGGCCUUUGAGCAGGGCCCAGAGACCCCUGUGUCUGCUGAUGCCCCAGUCCACCCCCCAGUGCUGGAACAGCACCCUUAUGAUCACUGUGAGCCUGCUGCCAUGCCAGGGGACCUGGGCUUCGGCCUCCGCAUGGUCAAGGGAGUCGUUCAUGUCUAUCUGAAAAGGGAUCCUGAGGAACAGAACGCAGAGCUGGAGCUGCCAUACCCCGACCUCCAGGAGUUUGUAGCUGAUGUCAACGUGCUAAUGGCACUGAUCAUCAACGGUCCCAUAAAGUCCUUCUGCUACCGUCGGCUGCAGUACCUGAGCUCGAAGUUCCAGAUGCACGUGCUGCUCAACGAGAUGAAGGAGCUGGCUGCCCAGAAGAAGGUUCCCCAUCGGGACUUCUACAACAUCAGGAAGGUGGACACUCACAUACACGCCUCGUCCUGUAUGAACCAGAAGCACCUCCUCCGCUUUAUCAAGAGGGCCAUGAAGCGGCACUUGGAGGAGAUUGUGCAUGUGGAGCAGGGCCGGGAGCAGACGCUGCGGGAGGUCUUCCAGAGCAUGAACCUCACGGCCUAUGACCUGAGUGUGGACACGCUUGAUGUGCAUGCGGAUCGGAACACCUUCCAUCGGUUUGACAAGUUCAACGCCAAGUACAACCCCAUUGGGGAGUCCGUCCUUCGAGAGAUCUUCAUCAAAACAGACAACAGGGUCUCGGGGAAAUACUUUGCCCACAUCAUCAAGGAGGUGAUGUCGGACUUGGAGGAGAGUAAGUACCAGAAUGCAGAGCUGCGUCUCUCCGUGUAUGGCCGUUCUCGGGACGAAUGGGACAAGCUGGCACGCUGGGCCGUGGGACAUCGUGUGCAUUCGCCCAAUGUGCGCUGGCUGGUGCAGGUGCCCCGGCUAUUUGACGUCUAUCGCACCAAAGGCCAGCUGGCCAACUUCCAGGAGAUGCUGGAGAACAUCUUCUUGCCAUUGUUUGAGGCCACGGUGCACCCUGCCAGCCAUCCAGAGCUGCAUCUCUUCUUGGAGCACGUGGAUGGCUUUGACAGUGUGGAUGACGAAUCCAAGCCUGAGAACCAUGUGUUCAAUCUGGAGAGCCCGCUCCCUGAGGCCUGGGUGGAGGAGGACAACCCUCCCUAUUCCUACUACCUGUAUUACACCUAUGCCAACAUGGCAGUGCUCAACCACCUGCGAAGACAGCGGGGUUUUCAUACCUUUGUGCUCCGGCCCCACUGUGGGGAGGCAGGCCCCAUCCACCAUCUGGUAUCUGCCUUCAUGCUGGCCGAGAACAUCUCCCAUGGGCUUUUGCUUCGAAAGGCUCCGGUCUUGCAGUACCUGUAUUACCUGGCUCAGGUCGGCAUCGCCAUGUCUCCACUCAGCAACAACAGCCUGUUCCUCAGCUACCACCGCAACCCCCUGCCCGAGUACCUGUCUCGGGGGCUUAUGGUCUCGCUCUCCACGGAUGACCCGCUGCAGUUUCACUUCACCAAGGAACCUCUGAUGGAGGAGUACAGCAUUGCCACUCAGGUGUGGAAGUUGAGCUCUUGUGAUAUGUGUGAACUGGCCCGAAACAGCGUCCUCAUGAGCGGCUUCUCCCAUAAGGUGAAGAGCCACUGGCUAGGGCCCAAUUAUACCAAAGAGGGGCCUGAGGGCAAUGACAUCCGCCGCACCAAUGUGCCGGACAUCCGCGUGGGCUACCGUCAUGAGACGCUGUGCCAGGAGCUGGCCCUCAUCACGCAGGCUGUACAGAGCGAGAUGCUGGAGCCCAUCCCCGAGGAGGGCGGGCUCACCAUGAGCCCAGGGCCUCACUGAGCCUGGCAGCCGGCCUGACACCCUGCCAAGCCUCUCUACAUAUCUGUCCUGUCCUCUGCCUUCCUCCGUCUCUUUGUUUGCUGUCCCCACGUGUCUCCGCUUCUUUGCAUGUCUCUGCUUGUCUCUCUCUCUGUCUUCUGUUCUGGGCUGCCUCAAGUAGUAGAUUGUUGGCCCAUAUGCUUGUGGUGAUUGGUCAUAGCAGAGACCCUGCUGCUGACUUCUUUUGGACUCUGAAUUAUGUGUGUCAUAUCGCAACAGGGCUGGGCCCUGGCACCGCCUUUGUAGUGGCAGAGCUGCUCGGGCAGCCUGAGUGGUAACCGCUCCUCCCUUCUGCCUGGCAGCCACUCCUCAUUCUGUGGGGGGAUGGGUGUUUCUGUAGGACCCUGUCCCUGGGGCGCUGUGCCCAUCUAAUGGCUGGGGAGCUGGGUUUUCAGAGCUGGACCGGUGCUACUGGUCCCAUGCCCACAGACACUGCCUAGGUGGGUACCCAGGUUGGCCAGGACCUGGGCACCAGCAUGGUCUUGCUUAAACAUCCUGGCAAGUGUAAUGAUGUCUUGUCAGAAGACUAGGGGGCUGCUGUGGGCACUGUGGAUGAGGGCUGGAGCCUCACCAGUUGUUAAGCUGGCCAGGCUUCUUUCUCUCAUAAUUGCUGUUGUCGUCGCAUGGCUAGCCAAAGACUCGUUCUUUUCCGUGCCCAUCCCUGAUCGGGGUGUGCUGGGCCGGGGCGAAGGGAAGGCUGAGGACCUGGCUCGGGUUCUCUGAACAGAACAGGUGCCCAAAGCCGGUACUACAGCCGCUUCCAUCCUUGCUGCCCACCCAGACAAGCUCAAGCUGUAGCUUUUUGUGCCACUGUGAGGAAGAGGAGAGGAGGGACCCUGCCUCAGCCUAAGCAUUGGGCAUCAGGGGAAGCAAGGGAGGGCCCAGGCACACCCGGGUGGCUUUGGAGAGAGAGACCAUCCCUGGGUAGGCCCCAUCCUUGCCUCUCUUCUCCCUCCCCCCUCCCCCCCGGCAGUGUCUUUGUCACUGGCCAAGCUGGAACCAUGUUUUUCAUUGCUGUGAAAUGUGAGAUUUCAAACCAGCCCCUCUCCAAAGCAUGAAAAAAAAAUAAAGAUUAUUUAAGU